UGCAACAUUACAACAGCCAAACUGACUGUGUGAAACAGGAAGUGUAGAGCAAUUCUUAGUCAAUCACAUCAGAGGUGAGCUGCUUUCAGACGACUCCGUCUUGUUGUGGAUGCUGAAGCUGAUCAUGGUUCUCCUGUGGAUGAUCCUGUUGGUGCUUCUGCUCUGUGCAGAGGCCGAGAACGUGACCGAGGUCAGAGGAGAGCUGGGGACCAAUGUCACUCUAACCUGCUCCAAUCAGACAUCAGACAGAUACUGGUACAUGGAGAUCCACAGUCAGUUCAGAGCAGGUAUCGGCCGCAGUUUUUCUUCAGCAGGCUCUACCUACUGCUCUCCUGGUUUUGAAUCCAAAUUUUCAAUCCUGGGAAACGAACUGGUGAUUAAAAACUUUACAGCAGAGGACUGCAGGCUUUACUUCUGUGGCAUCAAGAGAGAUGGCAGCAUUCAUUUUGUGGACACUUUCCACCUCGUCUCAGAUAUCCCUACAACCCCUGACCCUGAUAGUGAAGUGUUGCAGAGGAACACUAUCCUCGUCAGCUCAUUGAGCCUGAACGUUGUGCUCAUUUUAGUAAUCUGUCUGAGUUGUGUAUGGCUGUCUCUGAAGAGGGGAAUCAGCAAGAAUCAGGCAAACCUCCCUCCAGCUGGGACCAGUGAGGGGCUGGAGACUCCACAGUACGAGGAGAUCCAGUUCCCCCCUCCAUCUGCUGCUCCGCUUCAAGAGUGCAUUUACUACAGAAUUCAGCGUCCUCGCUCCACACUACCUCAAAGCUGAUGGACACACCUGUACAGGUGGAUGAUACCUGCUGGAUUCAGAUUUUGGGGACAGAGGUCAGUCUGAUAACUGAAGACUUGCUGCUCCUCUGCUCGUGGGAGGAUUUCUUUUUCCUCCUGUCUGGUUUGAGUUGUUGGACCAAAAGAAUGUUAAGUUCUGAAUGAAGAUUUUCCACAAACUUGACAAAACUGCUGUAAGAUUAGUUUUAGUCAGGCACAAUCUGCUCUGCCUCUGAGCUGAGAUGGACCCAAGAAUGUGACAACCCUUUAGCCAAACCUGCUUUAAGGUGCCUCAGGAUUUAAAACCAUAACUCAAUGCUGCUGUGAAAACCUGUAAAUCUGAGACUCAACAUUUAAUAUUUAUUUAUUCUCCUGUUGUUUGUAUCUGUUUAUCAGUUUUUAUUGCUGUUUGUCAGAUGUUCGGUUGUUUAUGCUGUUUUGAAAGCACUGAUUUUAAACACGGUCACAUUUCCUAAAAAGGCAGCACGAUGAUUAAGUAUGACAACAGAAUGCUGUGUUUUACAAUUAAAUGUCAAAUAGAACUGAAACUAGGACAAAGACAAAAUAUCACAUGAUUGUGAGAAAUGUGAUUUUUGAAAGACUUCCUUUUUAAAAAAAAAAAUGUUGCAGCAUCAAAUUUUAUAAAUGUUGUGAGAGUUGCAACAAAAGUCUGGAAAAGUUGUCAAAUUUACUGAGCCAUCCAUUUCCCUCUACUUGUUGAUUUUAGGGCCGCUGGAGUCUAUACCAGCUGUCAUAGGGCUAAGGGAGGGGUACACAUGGACAGAUCACCAGUCUGUCACUAUAACAUGUGAAAAAAUUAAAUGUGUUUUUUUUUUAAAAGCAUCCCUGGUAAACAGGGAAAGGUUUCCAGAAAGACUUUGUUCACAAAUAACUCAUUCAUCCACAUUAAUAACCUCAGUUUGAACAUUUGAUCUGUUCUCUGUGAGCUGUUUAUUUUAAAAUCUAGGAUAUAAGGUCUUUGCAAAUUAUUGCAUAAUAGGUUUGUGUGAGUCUUAGACUAUGUAAAAGAACUUUCAACAUAUCUGUGUGUGAAACUACACUGUGAACAUUUUCAGUUUGAUUACAGCAUUUAUUUUUGGUUUAGGCAUUCAUGUAGUUAUUAAAUAGAACUUGAAUUCACACCAGUGAUUUGUUUGUUUGAAAGAGAAAAUGCGGUUUGAAGUAUUUCUUUGUAAUGUUUAAUAUGAAUCCAUUAAACAUUUGACAACAACAA